AUGGUGACGGCACUCCACUGUUCCGCAUGCAUCGAAGUGCCGAUCCUCUCGUUCGGCGCCUAUUGCAUUCUGUUCAAAACGCCCGCCCAAAUGUCGUCUGUCAAGUGGCUCAUGCUCAAUUUACACUUCUGGAGCUCUCUUUCCGAUCUUUUGCUCAGCUUCAUCGGAAUUCCGUUCAUUUUGCUGCCGAUUCCAGCCGGCUGUGGUCUCGGAUUGAUCCACGCGCCAGCGAUUUUGAUAUACUGUUGUGUCACUUUAUUAACAGGUUAGAGAUUGAUGCCAGAUUUAUAUUGAAUUACUGUUUAGCUCUGGCCGCAUCAGUGCUCGCCAUCUACGAAAACCGCUAUUAUGUUCUGUUCGGCGAAACGACACGCUGGAAAAGUGUUCGAAAACCAUUCAUGACGUUAAUCUACUGCCUCGUCCCUUUCGCAUUCCUCCCACCCUACCUGGACCUUCCGGAACAAGAAAGUGCGCGGAGCAUUGUGCUCGCCCAGUUGCCGUGCCAUCCAGAAUUCAUCUACAACGAUCGGAAGCUCUUCGUGCUCGCUCUGACGUACACCGUUCCGUUUUCAUGCGUCGCUUUCGGUACCGUCGUCCUGGCCACUUUGAUCAGUGUGUUCUGUCUGCUGACCGUCUGGCAAAUCGUCAAACAUUCCAUGCAUUCGCUCUACUCCAAAAAAACCUGGCAAAUGCAGAAAAACUUUAUGAUUGCCCUAAGUGUACAGGUCAGUUUUUUUUUGGCGAAAAAGUUUCUUCAAUAUAAAGUCUCUGCCCAUUUCAGUCGGCGCUCAUGCUCCUCGUCGUCCUGGCUCCAGUGCUCACAAUUCUGGCCAUCAUUGCCACGUGGCAUCACGAUCAAACGCUCAACAACUUUGUGUUCAUCACGCUCUCACUGCACGGAGUCGGCUCCACCAUUGUCAUGAUCAUGGUGCAUCGACCGUAUCGAGAGUUCAUCAUCUCAAUGCUAUUGUUUUUCAAUGUGAAACAGGAGGUUUCAAAUCGGAUUCUUCAUAAACUGUCUCCGGGUGUGAUUCUAUGAAAUGAACGUUUAAAAAUUAUCCAUUGCUAACGCGAUAUCGCAUUAAUAUCUCAGAUAUCGCAUUAGCAAUCGAAAAACAAUAACAGCUGAAAAUAUGCAAAUAAAAUCACAGAAAACCUGCACACUUUAUCAUUCGUCCAUUUUCUUUUCUCGAUAACAUUCCUCUAUGAGUUCUGCUUGCGUUCUAACAGAUUCCUACUUUGCCACGCCCAAAUUCCUGUCGCUUGCGCUGCACUGCGCAGGAAUCGCCGGACUGCCAAUCCAUAUUUUCGGAGCCUGGAUGAUAGUGUUCAAGACGCCGCCGUCGAUGUGCUCCGUCAAAUGGCCGAUGCUCAAUUUGCACUUCUGGAGCUCGCUUCUCGACGUUGCGAUCAGUCUGCUCACGGCGCCAUUCGUUGUGUUCCCAGUGCUGGCCGGUUUUCCAAUGGGAUACCUCAAAGAACUGGGCGUCCCGGUGGUCCUUCAGGUUCAUCUGGUAAUCACAAUCAUGGGGUGUAAGACAACUUGAUUUUUGUUGAAGAAAUACCAAUUAAAGAUGUUCAGUGAUGAUAUUCUCGCUGCUCGCCGUGUUUCUGAAUCGAUACCUGGUGCUGGCCUCCACGCAAAUGACUCGACGUCUCCGGUUCAUCAAAUUCUGCGUGCUGACCGCAAACAACCUUCUGGCCGUCAGUUUCGCAAUACCCUUCACCAUUUCGGUGCCCGAACAGGAGAAAGGUCUAGAAAAAGUCAUUCAGCUGCUGCCGUGUCUGUCCGAAAUCACAAAGAGGUUCACCGUUUUUGUGUACGCAAUCGAUGCACACUUUCCCGCCGUGACACUCAUUGUUCUGCUCGCUUUUUUCGCUUUCGAAAUGGGUGCAAUCGUACUCUUAGCCUUGCACAACAUCCUGACACGCACUCGGAAGGCGUCAAUAUCACAGAAGACUAUGCGACUUCAGAGAAAGUUUAUCAUGGCGAUGGUGGUGCAGACGGGUAUUCCGGUUCUCGUCGUCGCCAGUCCGCUUGUGUACUUGGCAGUUAUCGUACCAAAAGGGUUCUACAAUCAAGGUAGGCGCAAGUUUGAAAAUGGGUGGGGCAUGGCUGAGUAUUUACGGUCAGUACUUUAGUUUUCAACAACAUCACCUUCAUAAUCUUCUCCGUCCACGGCCAGUUGUCCACGUUCGCAAUGCUUUUCAUCCAUCAGCCCUAUCGUCACGCGCUGUCCGUUCUCAUUUUUCCGUGUCACCCUCGAAAAUCAUCAACGAGCAGUGAAGUCUGUGCUCUCAGUGUUGUCAAGUUACAAUAA